CAACAAUCAACUUUUCUUACAAGUUAUAUAAAAUUUGCUUAAUUUCUUCUAAUUACUGAAUCAUAUGGCUAGCACUAUGUCCGUCAAGCUUGCAUGGGUUAUGGUCUUGUGCUUGAUUGUGGGUGCACCCCUGGCUAAAGGGGCCAUAAGUUGUGGCCAAGUUAUAUCAACCUUGACACCCUGCAUUCCCUUCGUGAGAAACAACGGUGCUGUUGGCGUGCCUGCACCUUGCUGCAAUGGGAUCAGAUCUCUCAACGCGGCUGCCCAAUCAACUCCAGAGCGCCAAUCAGCUUGCAACUGCGUCAAAGCAUUAGCUGCCAGCAUUUCUGGCAUCAACUAUGACCUUACGAACAAACUCCCAAGCAUGUGUGGGGUGCACAGCCCUUUCAAGAUCAGCCCCAGCACUAACUGCAAAAGUGUCAAGUGAAGUCAUGCAAAAACUCGGCAGACCGUGAGAAUGUCUAAAACAAUAUUUUUAAGAACAUCAUGCAAGUGUUCCAUCUUCAUAAAGUUCAAUUUAGCAAGAUUUGUUGAAUUGUCAAACUCAUAGCAUGCAUUCAAAA